AUGACGCUGACCAACUCACGGGCCGCGAGCUACCUUAUUCUUGACGAGUAUCUCAGCUUUCUGGACAAGAGCGGCGAGAAGGAGACUCAGUCGCACAGUGUUCUGGAAGUUGGUGUUCAGGAGGCUUUGGACGAGGUCAAAUGGGAUGAGGUGGCGUUCAAGCAACGUGGUGGUUUGUAUGAUUGGGCUAAAGAUGCCACGGCCAAUGCCGACGCGUGCGGUGGUGGUAUGAACGAGGACUUGGUCUGGUAG